CAGACAUCUACCAUAUGCCCAUCGUCUCUCUAUUAUCUGCACAAGGAUGAGGGGUUCUCCGAAACCGCACCGUAAGAGGCCAAUCGCAGUCGCCACCAUUGCAUUUGUCAUAUCCAUCGAUUAUCAAGCGUCAUUCAGACAUUUUCGGAGUCAAAUAUCUCCCCAGUGAACAACUCCUCACCUUCUUCUGUUCACUUAGAAGAGAGAAGAGAUUUCUGCGUCUACUUAUUCUCUGACUACGGCAGUGCAACCCGAAUAUAGAACUGCAUUUGCCAAAAUGUCGCCUUCGUUGCUGGAACCACCGGCACAAGUUCCAGUGCCAUCCAAGGCGCCUCCCAAUCUCGUCGCUCCUGAGCCAGAACACUGCCCUGGACCCGAGUCUGAACAGGCUGGAAAAGGCGAUGCCUGUGCCGGUUGUCCCAACCAAGCCAUUUGCGCCUCCGCUCCCAAGGGACCCGAUCCGGACAUUCCCCUCAUCACAGAACGUCUGUCUCAAGUGCGGCACAAGAUUCUAGUUCUCUCCGGAAAAGGUGGUGUUGGCAAAUCGACUUUCUCAACCCUCCUCGCACACGGGUUUGCGUCAAACCCCGACUCGACAGUCGGCAUCAUGGACACAGAUAUCUGCGGGCCGUCGAUUCCUAAGAUGAUGGGUGUGGAGACUGAAACGAUUCAUGUGAGCAACUCGGGCUGGAGCCCCGUCUGGGUGACGGACAACUUGGGCGCAAUGAGCGUGCAGUUCAUGCUGCCCAAUCGGGAUGAUGCUGUAAUCUGGAGGGGUCCGAAGAAGAACGGGCUCAUCAAGCAGUUUCUCAAGGACGUUGAUUGGGGCGAGCUGGAUUUCUUGGUUGUGGAUACCCCCCCCGGGACAUCAGAUGAACAUCUGUCAGUCAACUCAUUGCUGAAGGAAUCCGGGGUAGAUGGUGCCGUAUUGGUGACCACUCCGCAAGAGGUGUCACUGCUGGAUGUUCGGAAGGAAAUCGACUUCUGUCGCAAAGCCGGAAUCCGGAUCCUGGGGCUGGUGGAAAACAUGUCGGGAUUCGUCUGCCCAAGUUGCACCAACGAGUCUCAGAUCUUUCGAGCUACGACGGGAGGUGGCAGGCGACUUUGCAAGAAGAUGGGUAUUCCAUUCUUGGGCGCAGUGCCAUUAGAUCCCAGAGUCGGCAUGGCCUGCGACUACGGCGAAAGCUUCGUGGACAGUUUCCCCGACAGCCCAGCGUCCAAGGCGAUCCGGCAGGUGGUCCGAUCUGUUAGCCAGUUCAUUGGAGAGGACCCGGACCAUGUCCUCCCAGAAGACGCGGCCGAGUGAUGUCGGUUCGGUUCUUUUGAAAAAUUCCUUUGUUUCUAUACAGCGCGUCAUUUGGAAAGCGAUUCAACGGUGUUCAUGAGUCUCAUGCUUAGUGUUCUUUUCUGUUGGCGUUGUGGGCGAAUAGCAGCAUUAUGGACUUUUUUGAUACCAAAGAUCUAGAUAGAUAUUCUAUACAUACUACUGAUGUUUUUUCUGUCAACGAUGAUCCCAC